AAUUGUUAAAAACGACAUCUAACAUUUCGUAAUUUCGAAACGGAUGUAAAUUGUUAUAGGAUACUUGCGUUAGCAUAGUAUUGGCAUAAAUAUAGGGUUGCCGCCGGCACGUAUUUGGUGAUUUAUGAUUAUUGGUGAUAUGAUAAAGUAACAUUAUCAUAACCGGGAUAAACACCUUAAUCUCUUUAUUCACUGUUUUGGAUGUUUCAUCAGCGCAAAACAUACGUUUUAAAACCAAUGUUUUCUUGUUAGGUGUUUAACUUAUUCUAAGUACACUAAAAUAAUAUGUUUGAAUAUUGGCUUUUAAACCAAAUUGAGAAUAAUUACAAAAAUAAUUUAGUAGUAUAAAUUACUUUAGCAACAUGUUAUCUUGCCGCUAUGGAGUGAUUUCUUGAAUAAGAUUACCUACACCUAAGAUACCACUAUCACUUAAUCACUUAAUAAGUGUGCCUCGAUUUUGCAUUUUAAACACCGUAGUAUAUUAAGUUAGUCAUACAAAUGGCUUACAUGCAUUUAUUACGAGUACUAGUAAAAUGAGGACUGUGACACCCCUGAUUCGUUUAGUAAAAUCAUCAAUAAAUUGCUAUUAAUAAACCAUCAUUCUAAUUGUUUAUUCCUUUGCUACUUUGCUCUUUACAGUGCACAUUACGUACUCAUACGUCUUAUAAAUAAUAAGUUCGAACCACCGUCAUUUCUACAUAUAACAUGUCGGACUCCGAGUUUGAAACUAUUGUACCCCUAAAUAACAAGACUGGAGGUGCGAAAGCGAAAAAACCGGUGCAGAAAAGAAAGUCCGAUGCUGCUAAUAGGUCCGAUUCAGAACGAGAGUGGGAAGAAAUUGACGCGGGGACCAAGAAGGUGAAGAAGCCUCGCCAGGCGAAAUCUCCUAGGACUACUAGUGGAGCGUCUAAGAAAAAGACUGCCAGCAACCCCUUCGACGUCUUCGAGCUAUUUCCUGAUGACGAGGCAUUUGCGAAAAAUUGCCCUACACCAGACCAGCUACGCUCGUCUAUAACUCAACGCGUGGCUGAUGGAUUGACUCGGCGUGCUGCUGAUCUUGAGGGGGAGUUUUUCUUGGAGCUGCGAGUAUACAACACCGCCGAUAUACGCAGUGAGUUAGCGGAGCAUAAGUGGAAAAAGGCCCUUCUGGCAGUUAAAGCGCAAAUAAAUAACGAUACUCCUCAGUGGGAAUAUCUACAAAAACUCACAAAGCAUUUAAGAACUCUUUUUGACGAUGCUGAAGUUACAUUUUUUCACAACAAAAAAGGUUAAAAAUUCAGCAUUGUCAAAAAUAAUUUUUAAGUGUAUAUUUUGAACUGUAUUCGGAUACCACACAUAUACAUAUAGGUACUUACUUUAGUUAGAUAAAUACUUAUUUUACUGUUUUAUACGCGAAUUUAGUUAGGUGGAACUAAAAUGCCUUUUUGCUCUGCCUGUUCAAUCCAAGUUCUGAAAAAUAAAUGGGUUGGUCAUUUGAGAAGUACUAAACACAAAAAUAAUUCUUUAGUGGCAGUAACUGAUGGCGUAAUUGAGAUUUCGUCUGCCUUUCAGGGUCGUAUAUCAUCUUAUAGAGUUUUCGGAUCUGAAGAGCUAGAAUUUGCUAUACCUGAACAGUUUUUAGAUAAUUUAACGUCGAAACUAGAAAAUAUUAUAAAACAGUGUUUGAUAAAGCACGUGUGUUUAAAAAUCAAUUUCGAGUAUUUUGGAAACUUUCUUUUAUUUAAGAACAACCGGCAGGAAACAAAGUCGUUUACGACAAAAAACUUCACAGUACAUCAAAACUAUACAUUUUCUGAGUUAUACCAAAAAGUUAUAAACGACAUAAAAAAUAACAUUGAAAAUUUUGAGCAGCGCGAUAGUGGAUGGACUUUCUUAUCUAAUUUAUAUUUAGAGGUUAAUGUUAACAAAUACCAGCCUCUGAAAGGAUCUUCUUACAUAGAUUUACCUAAGUCUAUUAAAAACAAGAAAGCUUGUAUUAACAUACAGAAUAAAGAUGAAUAUUGUUUUCUGUGGAGUAUUGUUGCUGCGCUUUAUCCCUCAAAAAAUCACAAAGAGCGUACGGCCUCAUACCCCUACUUUAAAGACGUGUUGAAUAUUGAUGGUCUCAGUUUUCCCAUAACUUUCUCUGAUAUUGGUAUGUUUGAGCAUAAAAAUGUGGGUUUAAGUAUUAAUGUGUAUUCUUUAAUGGAUAAUCGUACAGUGGCAGGACCUAUUUAUAGAUCUCAAUAUAAAAGGAGUAAGAAAAUUAAUUUACUUUUAAUAGAGAAAGGAAAUAAAUCGCACUACGUUUUAAUAAAUAAUUUGUCUCGAUUGGUUCGUUCCCAAAUAACUAAACAUCAUGGUAAACUUUACUUUUGUGAAGAUUGCCUCUUAUUUUUUCCUUCCCUAGACAAGUUUGAAAGUCACUCCUGUAGUGGAAUCGCCACUGUACUCCCGGAAAGAGGUACAUAUCUACAAUUUAAACAUUAUGAACGUCACUAUAAUGUUCCUUUUGUAGUUUAUUGUGACUUUGAAACAAUUCUUAGGCCAUUUCAAUCAUGUGAGCCUGAAAAGGAACCUCAGGGAAGUUUCACUGUAAAUAAACAAAUGCAUAUACCCGCAGCUUUUGCCUAUAACAUAGUCUGCUCUUAUGAUCAACGCUUAAAUAGAUUUAUUCAAUACAGAGGACCCGACUGUGUUUCUAAAUUUUUAAAAUAUUUAUACAGACAUGUUGAAGAUAUUUAUAAAAUAUUGCGUGAAGAAGUGCCUAUGAUUUUCACAGAAACAAAUGCUUUAGCCCACAAAAAUGCUCAGACAUGCCACAUUUGCCUGACUGCUUUAUUUGGCGACAAAGUAAGAGAUCACUGCCACUUAACUGGUGUUUAUCGUGGGGCCGCUCAUCAAUACUGUAACUUACGUUAUAGUGUUCCCAAAUUUAUUCCUGUUUUCUUUCAUAACUUAGCAGGAUAUGAUGCGCACUUGUUUAUAAAGGAGUUAUGCGAGGAUGUAGGUUCAAAGGUGCAAAUAAUUGCGAAGAACAAGGAAAACUAUAUAUCCUUCAGUAAGUUUUUAAAGAUGCCUGACGAUCAGUAUGUGCGGAUACGAUUUGUAGAUUCGUUUAAAUUCCUAGAUACAAGUUUAGAAAAAUUAGCGAAGGGACUUGCUAAGGCAGACUUUUCUCACUUACGAUUGUUUUUUCCUGAUGAAAUCAAAUUUGACCUAUUGACUAGAAAAGGUGUUUAUCCUUAUGACUAUAUAACAUGUUGGGACACGUUUGCCGAGACUGAAUUACCUUCGCAGGAUUUAUUUUAUAACUCGUUAACUUCGGAGAACAUAAGUGAUGAGGAUUAUGUGCAUGCGCAAACUGUAUGGAAUACAUUUAAUAUAAAAAAUCUUGGUCAAUAUACGGAUCUUUACCUUCAGACCGACGUUUUACUUUUAUCAGACAUCUUUGAAAAUUUUCGGCGAAAUUGUAUGGUUAGUUAUCGACUAGAUCCUGCGUUCUAUUUA